GGGAUCGGUGCUCCUGGAACAGGGCAGUGAGGGUCAGUGGGAACUGGGGUUUUUGAGGCCUUUCGGGACCUGGGAAACCCUAGGGCAGGCUGGACCGGGCAGCUGGGCCUGGGACUGGGGGAACCUGCCUGCUCAGGGACGCUGCACACCCUGGGCAAGUGGCUCUGCCCUCCCCUUCCCACCUUCACAGGGGGCAGCCAGGGAAGACUGAGUGGUGGUCUGGGAGGCCCCGGGAGCGGGAGCCGGCCGGGCUUGGAGGGACUUCUGUUUUUCUUUGCCAGAGGGCAGUGAGGCUCUCCAGAGAGCGCCAGUCCCAGGAACUGCCAGCCGCUCACAACUCAGAACGGCCCAGCUCCCCCCUGCCAUCUGUGAGGAGAGGCCACAAAAUGGAAUGGACUUGGGGCAGGGACAAGGAGCCAGGGAGGACGCUUUCCCACCCCCAGGGAGCUCAAGCUGCCGCUGCCAUGGUUACGUCUGCUUCCUGUUUGAUUCAUCUCAAACAGCAGAAAGGGGGGUGCCAGCUCCCAGCUCGGGCCACCGCUGCGUGGGGCUGUUUACAACUGCCCCAUGUGGGAUUCCCAGAAAGAGACUCCAAACCGGACAUCCUGCGGCUGCAAAAUACCCAGGUGUCAAGAGCUAAAAAUAGCUGCCCCAGGGCCCCAGGCGCGGGGAAAGGGGCAUGCUGGCUGCGGCGGCGGAGGGCCGGCCUCGCGGCCCUCACGUCCAGCCUCCUGCCUGGCCCACAGCUGCUGAGCCUGCAGAGCGGCGGCCCUCUGCCUCGGCCUGACUGGAGGCCUUUGUCUGGGCAGGUCCACAUCCCAGGCCGCUCACCUGGGAGCCGAGCCUCUGCCCGCCCCACCCGCCCAGCGGAGCGUGCUUUGAGAAAGCCUCAGAGGGACUUGGGAGCAUCUAAAGAAGGGACAGGGCAGGGCACCCGACCACCUGGAAGAUGAAGCCAGUGCGCCUCCAAGUCCCCAUCCUGUCGGUCGCCGGCUCCUGUUCCCACAUAUAGUGGCAAUCAUUUCUAAGAAUCUACAGAGUCAACAGUUGCUCUCCAUAGGUGAUUUGGGGGGGAUUGUCUUCAUGGGGGCCCAAAGGUGGAACAGGCAGCUUCUGCCCUCUAACCUGCAGCGGGGCUGGAGUUUGCCGCUGGUUCGGGUCUCUGGGGGGCUAUGGGAUUUUUUGAUCUUUCCCUGUGCCCUGCCGGGUCCUGCAUUUGCUGUCCACCGGCUGGCCUGUGGGAGUGGCAGUGCUGGGGAGAGCAGCAGUGGAGAGUAUUGCUUGAGAACAUGGAUUCUGGAGCCCAGUUGCCUGGCUUGAGUCCCAGCUCAGCCACUCCCAUGUUAUGUGCCUUCAGACAAGUUAUUUAAUACUGCUGGGCCUCAGUUGACUAAUCUAUAUAAUGGGGAUAAAAACAGUAACCACCUCAUAGGUUUGUCAUGAGGGUUAGGCAAAUUAGCAAACGUAGGGCACCUAGAACAACUCCUGGCACAUAGUAAAGUGUUAGUUUACAGAAGUUCAGAUGGAGGAGAAAGAGAAGAGCCUGUGGUUGGGAGAGUCGGGAUAAGAGAUGGGACCAGGAAUACAUCUGGGAGAAAGUGGACUGUGGCAGAUGAGGGGAGGACACACAGGUGGUACCAGACCCUGAAAUGCUUGUGCCAGAGGGAGGCUGCAGACUAGUUCAGGGGCAAGCAGUAUGAAUCACGACCAUUGCGGGAGCACCCGCUACGUGCUCCCUGCUUCACGCACAGCAUUGCUCAUCUCAGACGACCUCUUCCCAGUCCAUAUUCUUACCCUCUUAUUUCAGAGGCAUAGCCAAGGCUUGCCCAGGCUGCACCGUGUCCCUGGCUCUCCCUGCCGGUCACUGAGUGAGUCAGAGUUUGAACCCAGGUCCAUCUGACCUCAAAGCCAAUGUCCUCUGUGCUGUGGACCCUCGCUUCUAUCACUUCAUGGGGCAGGAGUUUCCAGCCAGCGUGCAGCCCACUGGGUUCUGGAUAAAUCUGAGUAAUAAGCAGCUUGGCGCCAAGAUAAUGAGCAAUAGAAUUAAUAACCAGCAGAGAAUUUCUGGAAGGGGAACACAAGAAACUGUUAAAAGGGGUUGAGUCUAGGGAAGUUCUAGGGAGUUGGAUGAGUGAGAAACUUCUGGUUUCAUACUUUCAGGGGCUCUUUGAAUUACUUUAGUGUCUGCAAGUAGUAUACUUUUCAAUUAAAAAAGCAACAACUGUGGGCUGUACCUUAAACUCCUUAAAGUGAGAAGCAGGUUUUAUUCACUUUCCCAUCCCUUCAAGACCUGGACCAGUGACCUCACACAGAGAGGUCCUUAGUACCUGCUUUUGGGAUCAACUUCUUGGGUUCCCCCCUGCACUGGUCUGGUCUGGCCUGGCUGUACCACUGACCUGCUGGGUGACCAGGACAUAGCCCCUUGCCCUCUUUCUUUCCCUCUCUGGGAAAUGAGAGUGUUGGCCUGCACAAUCUCUAAAGCCCCAUCAGCUCCUAAUGUACACUGCACGGUCCUCACUCUGUGUCAGAGAGUCAGGCAACCAUGAUGUUCUCUCUUCGGUUUAUUUAUUCUUGGACCUUCCUGAAGCCAUUUCACCCCCAGCUUUGUCUUCUUUGCCAGCCCCCCCGCGAAGUCAAACUUGGUCUGCCCACGUCAGGGGAAGCAGACCCGAGCUGAGGAGGGCAGGGGGGUGGAGGGAGUCCGCCCUGGACCCAGGGCUUGGCCUCUUGCUCCUGCCUGUUUUCCUCUGCCUGCAGGGCCUGGGUCUGCCUGCUUCUCCUUUUUCAGCUCCUCAGGAGACCGGGGAGGGGGACACAGCCUCGACAAAGACAUCGGAGGCGUUAGGAGGGGGCUUGUGGGUGGCGUUGCUCCUGGGGAAGCCCUCCCCUGAUGCAGGGCUGGCAGCACCAGGAGAGCAGGUGGUCAGGCCAGGCUCGGGUUUCCAGUCGCAUCUGCUGGACAGAUGGGACCCAGGUGAGCCCGGGUGCCCACUGCCCCAGUCCCCCUGGCACAGGCUGCCCCAGGCCCUGCACAGACACGCCAGGCCCUCAGCCCCAGCCCAUGGACCUGCGGGUGGGCCAGCGGCCCCCGGUGGAGCCCCCGCCGGAGCCCACGCUGCUGGCCCUGCAGCACCCCCAGCGCCUGCACCACCACCUCUUCCUGGCUGGCCUGCAGACCCAGCGCUCGGCGGAGACCAUGAGGGUAAAGAUAGAGCUCCCCACGCACGCAGCAGCCUCGAGCUCAGACCCAGCACCCCUCCCUCCCUUCAGCCUCCCCAGACCCUCGCCUCCGUCUCCAACUCCUCGCCCCUCCCUGGGCGGCCGGCCCUCCCCACAGCUCUCAAUGGACUCGCCGUUGCCCGAGUUGCAGGUGGGGCAGCAGGAGCAAGAGCUGCGGCAGCUUCUCAAUAAGGACAAGAGCAAGCGAAGUGCUGUAGCCAGCAGUGUGGUCAAGCAGAAGCUGGCAGAGGUGAUUCUGAAGAAACAGCAGGCAGCCUUAGAGAGGACGGUCCAUCCCAAUAGCCCCAGCGUUCCCUACAGAACUCUCGAGCCCUUGGAGACAGAAGGAACUGCCCGUUCCAUGCUCAGCAGCUUCCUGCCUCCUGUUCCCAGCCUGCCCAGCGACCCCCCAGAACACUUCCCUCUGCGUAAGACAGUCUCUGAGCCCAACCUGAAGCUGCGCUACAAGCCCAAAAAGUCCCUGGAGCGGAGGAAGAACCCGCUGCUGCGGAAGGAGAGCGCCCCGCCCAGCCUCCGACGGCGGCCGGCAGAGACCCUCGGCGACUCCUCCCCCAGUAGUAGCAGCACACCGGCGUCAGGGUGCAGCUCCCCCAAUGACAGCGAGCACGGCCCCAACCCGGUCCUGGGCUCCGAGGCGCUCUUGGGCCAGCGGCUGCGGCUGCAGGAGACCUCUCUGGCCCCGUUCGCCUUGCUGCCCACAAUCACGCUGGGGCUGCCCGCCCCUGCCAGGGCUGAUGGUGACCGCAGGACCCAUCCGACUCUGGGUCCUCGGGGACCAGUCCUGGCGAGCCCCCAUGCUCCCCUCUUCCUGCCCCAUGGCCUGGAGCCCGAGGCUGGAGGCCCCCUGCCCUCUCGCCUGCAGCCCAUUCUCCUCCUGGAUCCUUCGGUCUCUCACGCCCCCCUGCUGACUGUGCCCGGGCUUGGGCCCCUGCCCUUCCACUUUGCCCAGUCCUUACUGACCGCCGAGCGGCCCUCCGGGUCAGGCCUCCACCGGCCGCUGAGCCGGACCCGCUCAGAGCCCCUGCCCCCAAGCGCCACUGCCCCCCCACUGCUGGGCCCCCUGCAGCCCCGCCUGGAGCGGCUCAAACCUCAUGUCCAGCUCAUCAAGAGGCCAGCCAAGCCUAGUGAGAAGCCCCGACUGCAGCAGAUACCCUCGGCUGAGGACCUCGAGACAGACGGCGGGGGAGUGGGGCCACUGGGGGAUGACGGCCUGGAACACAGGGAGUCCAGCCAUGGGCAGCAUGAGGCCCGAGGCCCGAUUCCUCUCCAGCAGCACCAGCAGGUGUACCUCUGGGAGCAGCAGCGACUGGCCGGGCGGCUCCCCCGGGGAGCCACUGGGGACUCGGUGCUGCCUCCCCUGGCCCAGGGCGGCCACCGGCCUCUGUCCAGGGCUCAGUCGUCCCCAGCCGCACCUGCCUCACUGCCAACCCCAGAGCCCACCAGCCAGGCCCGUGUCCUGCCCAGCUCAGAGACCCCUGCCCGGACCCUGCCCUUCACCACAGGGCUGGUCUAUGACUCAGUAAUGCUGAAGCACCAGUGCUCCUGCGGAGACAACAGCAGGCACCCGGAGCACGCAGGCCGCAUCCAGAGCAUCUGGUCCCGGCUGCUGGAGCGGGGGCUCCGGAGCCAGUGUGAGUCUCUACGGGGCCGGAAGGCCUCCCUGGAGGAGCUGCAGUCUGUGCACUCGGAGCGGCACGUGCUCCUCUACGGCACCAACCCGCUCAGCCGCCUCAAACUGGAUAAUGGGAAGCUGGCAGGGCUCCUGGCACAGCGGAUGUUCGUGAUGCUGCCCUGCGGUGGCGUUGGGGUGGAUACCGACACCAUCUGGAACGAGCUGCACUCCUCCAAUGCGGCCCGCUGGGCUGCCGGCAGCGUCACUGACCUCGCCUUCAAAGUGGCGUCCCGAGAGCUAAAGAACGGUUUUGCUGUUGUUCGGCCCCCAGGACACCACGCAGACCAUUCCACAGCCAUGGGCUUCUGCUUCUUUAACUCAGUGGCCAUCGCCUGCCGGCAGCUGCAACAACAGGGCAAGGCCAGCAAGAUCCUCAUCGUGGACUGGGACGUUCACCAUGGCAACGGCACACAGCAGACCUUCUACCAGGACCCCAGCGUGCUCUACAUCUCCCUUCAUCGCCAUGACGAUGGCAACUUCUUCCCAGGCAGUGGGGCUGUGGAUGAGGUGGGAGCUGGCAGUGGUGAGGGCUUCAAUGUCAAUGUGGCCUGGGCUGGAGGUCUGGACCCCCCAGUGGGGGAUCCUGAGUACCUGGCCGCCUUCAGGAUAGUCGUGAUGCCCAUCGCCCGGGAGUUCUCUCCGGACCUGGUCCUGGUGUCGGCUGGGUUUGAUGCUGCCGAGGGCCACCCACCCCCCCUGGGUGGCUACCAUGUUUCCGCCAAAUGUUUUGGGUACAUGACGCAGCAGUUGAUGAGCUUGGCGGGAGGUGCGGUGGUGCUGGCCCUGGAGGGUGGCCAUGACCUCACAGCCAUCUGUGACGCCUCUGAGGCCUGUGUGGCUGCUCUUCUAGGCAACAAGGUGGAUCCCCUCUCAGAAGAAGGCUGGAAACAGAAACCCAACCUCAAUGCCAUCCGCUCUCUGGAAGCUGUGAUCCGGGUGCACAGUGAAUACUGGGGCUGCAUGCAGCGCCUGGCCUCCUGUCCAGACUCCUGGGUGCCCAGGGUGCCAGGGGCCGAUGCAGAAGAGGUGGAGGCAGUAACUGCACUGGCAUCCCUCUCCGUGGGCAUCCUGACUGAAGAGCGGACCUCAGAGCAGCUGGUGGAGGAGGAAGAACCCAUGAAUCUUUAGGCUACAGGACGGAUCUGCCCCCCCGCCGCGCCCCGCCCCGCCCUGCCCUUCGGACCUGGUUCUCUUCCAACCUCUGGCAACAGUACCCGUUCCCGGGGUCUUCAGAGAUCCUUCGGGCAGGUAGUCGGGGCCAGAGAACAGCCUCUUGACAGUCACCCCAAGGAGCCUGGGAAGGCCCCUGGGUCUAGCAUAGGGACCAAAGAAGACCCUGACAGGAGGCCGGCCGGCUGCGUAGCCAGCCGGGCCCCAGUAGGGCUCUCCCCGAAGCACAGUCUACCCCUCUGGGGUCUGGGCCCCUAGCUGGGCCCCCGAUCCUCAGGCCUGCACAGAGGGGGACUGGCACAGCCGGGCCCGCUCACAACCACUAUUCCUGGUUCUGUAGACCCCCGACUUUGCACACAGCCCCAGGCUCCACACAGAAAUGUGAACUUGGCCUCCGCCAGAGUGGCCCUUCCUAGGCUCUGGGGGAGGGAGGGUGGCUGGGUAGGAGGAGCAAAGGGGUCCCAUAUCCCUGAGUGCAGGGGAGUCCCUCCUCUCCUGCUUCCUCGGAUGACUCUGGAAGCUUCCUCCCCACCACUGGGCAGUGAGACAAGGCUCCCUCUGAGAGCAGUCAUCGGCAGGCCUCCCAUCUGGUCCCUGCCCCUGCCAGAGGCCACCUGCGUCAACCAUCUCAGGGCUCUGGUGGAGCAGACAGGUGCUCCUGGAGUUCUUUGCUUCCUGAUCCAAUGGUGCCAAACCCUUCAUCUCCCCUCAGAAGCACAGCAUGACCCCCAGGGACCCCUCAGUAGUCACCACCCCCCUCUGUGAGCCUUCUCUUUCUGGGGUCUCCCCCACCCCAGCUGACUCCUGCCCUACAUAGGACUAGCUUGGCUGAGGGGAAAGGGGGUGGGAGAGUGAAUGGAAGACAUGGGGGAGGGGAGGCUGCCCUGGCAAAGACUUCGAGGCUUCUGGGGUCCAGGCCUGGGGCCAAGAAGGAAAGUGUGCGUGUGUGUGUG